CCCUGCAACGCGACACGCCCAUCUCUCUCUCCCUCUGUCUCUGUCUGAUGUCAUCAUGAGCCGAACACACAUCUGAACUCCGGCACGGCUUAAAGGAACGACAGAGGAAAAGGAGACAACUUUACUGAGGUGUGGAGAAGAAGAGCGUUCCAACAGUAUGGGCUCUGGCCAGAGCAGUGACAAAUUAUACUGCAACCGCUAUCUGAAGGGACAGGGUCCUCCAUCACUGGUACAACAAGCUAAUGCAGAGGUGAAUGGGAUGCACAGAAGGAAAAGCUGCCAGCCAGAGGGCCAGAUGACCUGGGUGAUCCUCCACAGAGACCUGCCGGGAUUCCCUGAUGACAACACCUUGCAGAUAAACUACAUAUUCCCAGAUGGAGUACAGACAGAGCAACACCCUCACCCCGGCCAGCCUUACGCCGGGCUGCGGCUCUGCGCUUACCUGCCUGACAACCGCGACGGCAGGAAGGUUCUCAAGCUGCUGGAGAAGGCCUUCAACCAGCAGCUCCUGUUCACUGUCACUACCAAUACAAAGGGAGAGGACACGGUUACUGCGACUUCCAUCCCCCUAAAAACACAAGCAGACGCAGGAAACGGAGUUGACGGCUACCCAGAUUCUGACUACCUGAAGACGGUGAGGAAGCUACUGAAGGAUAAAGGCAUUGAAUAAGCCACAGCACACACUGCUGGACGGAGGCAGAGACUUCAAACUACAGUUCAUCUCUGAAUCACCAGAGAAUUUGAGCUGUAAAUGAUUAGAAACUGUUGUCGGUGGUUGAUGUUGUUAAUGUGUAAUCUUGAGUGUAUCUGUGUGUUAUUAAAGUGUUGCAGUUCUUAUUCUUGAAAUAUAUUUAUUAUAACACAUUAUUAACUCCAACUGUUGGUGGUGUCUUAUGUGAAAUAGCAUGUCCUUGUUUGAGGUGAUUUCUUUUGUAUCUUUACAAGAAUUCAGUCCACUCUUUAAGCUCACUGUCAUAUUAUUGAAUUCAUAGGUCAAUAUAAAUGGACUAUUUCUA